ACUUUAAAGAGCACAGGGAAGUUGGCACUUACUCUUCAACUCGGGACCAAGACUGGUGAGACACACUUUGGACAACUUCAGUAUUGGAUCACAACUGCUGGCAGGAGUGAUGUCGGUGUCUCUGUGGUGUGAGGAGGAAGAGGGCCAGGACAGGACUCAAUCUUCAGUCCGAGCCCCAUGGGACCCCAGCGCCUCCGGGCUGAGGGUUAUUCAGAGACUUCUGCAGUCAGAGGAGAGAUACCUGCCGUCUCCUCUCUACACCUCUCUCAUCCAGAGAGAGCCACAGCGCAGAGAGGAAUUGGCCAAGUGGACCAUGGAGGUGUGCUGUGAGUGUGACUGCGAUGAGUCUGUAUUUCCUCUGGCUGUCUCCCUGCUGGAUCAAUAUCUGUCGGCCACUCUAUCUCUGCCCGUCUCUCCAUCCUGUCUGGCUGCUGCGUGUGUCCUGGUGGCCUCAAAACUGACAGAAAGUGACACAGUUAGUGCAGAUACCCUCUGUGCAGCAGCAGAGUAUGACUUUCUCUUAUCAAAUCUGCGGGAAAUGGAGCGUGUUGUCCUGGCGACUUUGCGAUGGGAUGUGGCAGCAGUGACCCCUCAGGACUUUAUCCCACACUUCCUGCGCACUCUCGGGGAACUCAAGGAUGGCGACGUGCGUACAGGAGACUUUCUCGCAACGCUGCGGCGCCACAGCGAUACACUUGUUGCCAUGUGUGUGUGUGACUCGCGUUUUCUGGGAACACCUCCGUCACUGGUUGCUGCGGCUGCACUGAACUCUGCCCUUCGGGGUUUAAGGGCCAACGGUCCGGGAGAGUUGAGUGUCAUGACCUCUGCCCUGGCCACACUCUGUCAGACUGAUGUGGUGGUGCUGCAGUGCUGCACUGAGCUGAUAGAAGGAGCUCUCAGGGAGAGACUGAGAAACGGAGCACAGGAAGAGAAAGAUGCUGAUAGUGAAGAUGAGAGAGCCAGCACCCCCACAAACCUAAGAGAAAUAGACUUUUAAUACAGGGUUCAUUUAUGAGUCAUAUUUAUUGCGUCUCACUUCUAUUUAUCAGUAAAACUGAUUUAAACACAAUGUGACGUUUAGCCUAUAUAUUUUGUAACUU